CUAUACAAACUGAAAAAUUUAGAACAGCUGGAUAUAUCUUACAACUUCAUUCAACAAUUGGAUAGUAAGAUGAAAAGACUGAGGAAACUUCGGAUAUUCAACGCGACCGGAAACGAUCUGUUGGGUUUAUCACCUGGUUUGUUAAUUUUAGCGUUCAAUCACUUGAACACAAUCCAGUUGGAACACAAUCCACUAAUCACACCUUUCUCCGGAGAAUUCGUGAAUGGAUACUGGUCCAAUUCACCGCAAACAUUGUACGAGUUAGUUCUUCUCAAAUUGAAUGAAGAAACCCGAUUGAGAUUGAUUGGUCGACCGGUCUUGCUUGAGAGUGACAAUGAUCAGAACGAGAAUCUGUCCGACGGUUGGCAUUACUGGAUAGAUGCAUAUCAUCUGACACAAAGAACUCGAUCUGGUUCGUGUUGCUGGUGCACGCAGGCACGAUUUGGACCGGGGAUUCUAGUGUGUCAGCAUUGUGUAGAUCUGGCGGGGUACAAACAAGUGCCGAUCACCUUCAACUGUUGCCGACCUUCGUGUGCGGAACAAGCAAUUCAUUGCAGUGCUGACGAAUUUAGGACACGUUUCUACGGGAAUCCGGCUGCAUCAACAGAUGAUUCUAGUCAGAUGGGAACCGAUGAGCUGGACAUGGACGGUAGAACUGUUCGAUCCGAUUCCCUAUCACAGCAAAUGUAA